GCAGCAGCAGGAGCAGUAGCGGAGAGCUUCGAAGAAAAUUCACGAACAGUAGUGUCGAAUUCGCACUUUUUUCUCGCUAAACACACGAGUCCUGGCUAAUUAUCGAGAAAAGUUUUUUCGAGAAAUGACGUCGCGAUUUGAACUACUCGAUGGGUAUGGUAAAAAUUCCACGCCGAUGGCCGUUGUCGAAGCUUGCAGCAGUUGUGUACGCGAGGAUGACAAUGAGAAAAGAUCGAAUGCAGAUUUUUCUUGCGAGGAAAAGAAGUAAUAAGUGCGCGCAAAUGCCGCAAGUGAUAAAUAAAAAAUAAUGUGCCAAGUGCAAUUCCAAUUGACAAUCGAAGAACUGAUUAUACAAUAAUAGUAAUAAUAAUAAUAAUCAUAAUAAUAAUAAUAAUAAUAAGAGCUAUAAAUCGAGGAAAACGAGAGACACGUGUCCGACGAACACAACGAUACAUCAGAAUGCAGAUUUUACAAGAAUUCGAUGGCUACGUCGACUCGUCGAGGAUCAGCUACGACAACGAGACUGGCUCGUCGCUGCCGACCCUGCCGCCGAAUCUGACCUUUACGCGCCAGUCCCUGUACAUCGUGAUCGCCUACGGCAUCUGCUUCCUCAUCGCCUCGAUCGGCAAUCUCACCGUGUUCGUCACGCUGUCGCGGGGCAGGUAUCGCAAGUCGCGCAUAUCCCUCAUGAUAUGCCACCUGUCCAUCGCCGAUCUGCUCGUCGCCUUUUUCACCAUACCCAUCGAGAUUGGAUGGCGUCUCACGGUGCAGUGGGUGGCCGGUAAUUCGGCCUGUAAGAUAUUCCUUUUUCUGCGAGCUUUCGGACUAUAUUUAUCCAACAACAUACUCAUCUGCGUGUCGCUCGACAGGUACUUUGCAGUUCUGUACCCGUUGCGCAUGACCGUGGCCCGUCGCCGGGGCAAGAUGAUGCUCACCGUCGCCUGGAUAUUCAGCAUUUUUUGCGCCGUGCCGCAAAGCAUCUUCUUUCACGUGCAAAAGCACCCGGAGCACUCGAAUUUCACGCAGUGCGUCACGUUCAAUUCGUUCUCCUCGGAUCUCGCCGAGAACACGUACAACGUGUUCUGCAUCGUCACCAUGUACUUUUUUCCCCUCGUCAUUAUCUGCUGCGUCUACCUGAGGAUACUCUGGGAGAUCAGCAGCAAGUCCAGGGAGAAUAACAAACCAGUUAUCGGAAAAUCGAGCAGCGGCAGCGGCGGUACGAUCGACGCUGCGUCGGCUGCAGCCGCGGGAGGAUCGUCCCUGCAAGGCGGCGGCGGCGCCGGCAACAGUCAGGGCAGCAAGAUGCGGCUGCGACGCUCCGACAUGACGAGCAUCGAGCGAGCCCGCAGCCGGACUUUGAGAAUGACCAUCAAAAUCGUCGUUGUGUUCAUCUUCUGCUGGACGCCCUACAUAACUAUGAGCCUGUGGUACGUGAUCGACAAGCAAAGCGCCAAGGAGGUGGACGAGCUGCUGCAGGAGUCGCUGUUCAUCAUGGCGGUGGGCAACUCGUGCGCCAAUCCGCUCGUCUACGGCAGCUACGCGAUCGAUCUGAAAAAGGAGUGCUGCAGGUGCUUCCUGCCUUGCACCACGGCGUCGAGACGCUCCAACGUCGACGUGCAUCUCAUACAGAGGAGCAUAGGUUCGAAAUUCCAGCCAGCCUCGGAUUUGAAGUCCCCGGGCGUCAGCAAACAAAUAGUUCAUAGUGUGCGCCAAGCCGUGCACGGCUUCUUCAAAGUCGGCAGUGGCCAGACCAAGAGCACCAACGUCGUCGGCCUGAACAAGGCGUUGGCAGUUGUGCAGGCGCCAGCAGCCGCGACGACGACGCUACCGGGUAGGCGGCGGCCUACCAGUCCGAAGCCAUCCGUGUCGAGCAUCAACGACAACAGCCUAGCGGUCGCCGUUGCUCGGCAGACGGAAAAAGUUCAGCUCUGCACCAUGUUUCUUUUUUUCUCUAUUGUCGCAGAUUCCGAUUCUCAAGACGACCUGCAGCGAGCCAGGAUUCGGUGAACAAAUGCAGCAGACGUCGCUGCUGAACUCACCGUCGGCGAUCGUCGAACCGAGGACUGCAUAGACAAAUGCUGCGACGUCGUGCAAAACGACGAGCAAGGGGGACGACUCAUCGUGCAACUGCGUCUGAUGCAGAGAGGAAGAGAGAAACAAAAUUUGAGACAAAAGUCAAUAAAUGCAGCGUGGACCGUGCACGGCUGUUUACGUUUUUAUCGGCUACUUCUCUCUCUGUCUUCUUUCUCGCUAUAAAGAGCAACAUGAUUCGGGCAGCUAUAUGUUGUUCGUUCAACUCGUUGGGAGAGAUGCAAGAAUGCAACUAAAACAUCUCGGGAUUAUCUCGAAAAAAAAACGUAAACGUUUCGAGUAAUAUACACUGCACAACCAAAUUAUGGCAACAAACAUUUUCAUCGAAAUUUCCAAAUGCUUUUAUCUUCGUCUAUUUUGUAGAGCGCAAAAGUCGUAGAGAGCUCUUUUCAUUUUUAAACUACUCGUUGAAGAAGUACUUUGCGAUGACGUAUGUUAGAUUUUGAUAAACAAAUUACUAUAGUCCAGAUACACGUUUAAACAAUCGUUUUUUCAGUAAUUUAUAAUAUUGCGCUCGAAUACUAUACUGGUAGUUCGUUGACUUAAACCCAUUCAAAGCAUAUAUUUAUUCGAAGAGGACAAAAUUUCCUUAUAGUCAAAAAAUAUCGUCUCGAUACGAUCAAAAUACACAAAGAUAGAAGCAUUUGAAAAUUGACAAAAUUUCGAUGAAUAUUUUUGUUGAAAUAAUUUUUUUACACAGUGUACAUCUCAUUCAUUUUUUUUAAUAUCGAAACGAUAUAUUGUAUUCAUAGUUAUAAAUAUUACACCUUACUGGACGAUUGAAAAAAAAUAAAGUGUUAUUUAAUAAACUUUUAGCGUAUACGUUGUCAUUUGUGAACGAGCUUGAUGCGUGCUAAUGAACUACAUAAUGAGUUUUCAUUUAGCGCUCCAGAGAUGGUGCUAAUAAUGUGUAUACUACUGUUGCGAACUCAUUAAUUGUUUCUUCGUAAUAGCUGUUGAUAUUAUUAAAAAAAACGCCUAAUAUGAUUAACGAGCGUUUGUUGUGAAUAUUUUUAUAUAAUUCGUGAAAUCGCGCUGACGACGAAUAAAAUUUGAAAAAAAAAAUUACUCGACACGAUGAAUCAUAUCCCCGUAGUCUGUAGUUAAACAUUAUUAAUAAUUCAUUGUAAAUAAUGAAUCGUCUAUUGUUAAUUACCGCUCAAUCAAAACCUGGCUGUAACGAUAUCUAUGACUUUAAUUAAUUUAAGAAAAAUUUUAUUGUCUCCUCUAAUCACUUGCGUUGCUCCUCAAGUGCUUGAGAUUGAUAGUUAAUAGUAUACAUUAUAUUUUUUAUUAAUUUUAUGACAUUUGGAAAACUGGUUCGAACUUGAUAAAACAAUGUCGAUGCAUCUUGUCGAAUGAAGAACGUUUUUGUUAAAACUUUUAUGUCAUCAUAUUGAAUUUUACGUCGAAAAUUGCAUAGUUUUAACUUUUACACCCUCGUAUGACAAAGAAAGAAUUUGUAGCGAAAAUAAUUUUAAAAAUGGCAAAGCUAACGACGUUUGUUCUCGAAACAGACCAGAGCAGACUAUUAUAAUUAGAGAAAAAUAUUUUUAUGAGUAAUCUUUCGUCAUUGUUUAACAUGUCCAGGGGGCAGAGGAAAAAAUUUAUCAAAUGAAACUCUUUCAUGCAUAUAAAUAUGAUAUUAUACUAAGCAUACUUUCGUCAAAAAAUUCUGUGCCAUAAUUGUAAAGUUUAAAAACAAAGAAUUAAUAAUAUCCGAAUUAUUUCCUAUGCAUUAAGUAC